CUUUCUUCUUCUUCUUCUCUCUCUGCCAUGGACUGGACCAGAGGCCCCGCCGUCGGCCGCGGUUCGUCCGCCACCGUCUAUUUGGCCACCACCACCACCUCUUCUUCCUCCUCGCGCCAAUUCGCUGUCAAAACCACUGACCUCUCUACAUCGGCGUUGUUGCGGAAGGAACACGCUCUUCUCUCUAAUUUGAACUCCCCAUACCUAAUCAACUGCUUUGGUUUCGACGUUGAGAUUGAGAGCUCUAAGUCGCCGGUUUUCAAUCUGUUUAUGGAGUAUUUACCGGAGGGGACGCUGUGGGAUGCUAUUCAGAGACAUGGUGGACGGAUGGAGGAAUCGAUGAUCGGGGCGUAUUCGCGCCAGAUUCUCAAAGGAUUGGAGUAUCUUCACGCGAAUGGAUUGGCGCAUUGUGAUAUCAAGAGCCGGAAUCUGUUGUUGAGUGGUGAGGGCUUGAAAAUCGCGGAUCUAGGUUGUGCGAAAUUUGUGGAAGGAGGAGGAGUUUCUGGAAAUGGAGUUAGGGCUUUUUCUGGUUCGCCUGCGUACAUGGCGCCGGAGGUUGCGAGAGGUGAAGAACAGGGAUUUCCAGCGGAUGUUUGGGCGUUUGGAUGUACGGUCAUUGAAAUGGCUACUGGUAAUCAUCCAUGGACAGGAUUGGAGGAUCCGGUAACAGCGUUGUAUACGAUUGGUUUUUCCGGCGAGGUUCCGGAGGUUCCGCGGUGGUUGUCGGAGGAAGCGAGGGAUUUCGUCGCUAAGUGUUUGAUAAAAGACCCGAAAGAACGAUGGAGUGUGAAACGGCUUCUUGAGCAUCCGUUUCUUCAGGGAUUUGAUUCUGAAUCCGAAAUUGAAUGUUCGAGGAGGAAAACGACGAGUUCUUCUCCAAGCUCUGUUUUGGAUCAGAGCUUUUGGGAUUCAAUGGAAGAUUCGGAGACUCCAUUGAAGGUGAGCCAUCAAGCUUCUCUGGCGGAUUCUCCGGCAGAGAGGAUUAGAAGCUUGGCUGGAAAUUUGUCUUCCAAUUGCGAUUGGGAAGGGGAUGAUGAACGAGAUUGGUUCUUGAUCAGAAACAACGACGUUGGCGGAAGAAGCCAUGGAAAUGGAUCUGUGAGCUCAGAUUUUCCUCAAGAAGAAGAAGAAGAAGAGAUGGUAACAUUGAACUUAGAAUUUGAAGAAGAUUUAGUGUCGUUCUGUUUGGUUGAUGAUGAUUUUAGUAUUAUGAACAUUGAAUUUGAGACUGAUUUCAUGUUGAAUACUGUGCAAUUUGUAGGAUCAAACGAGUAUUGUUCUUAUUCAUUAAUGCAAAUUGAUCGAUUGUUGCCUCAUAAUCUUCUUUCAAUAUGUUUCCAAAUUUCUACAAAUCUCAUCCCCUUGUUCAAGAAUCAUAGAUUGAUCAAAGUUUUUUCAAGUCAAUUCAAGAACAAUAAAUCCAAAAUACAUUUUUACAAAUUUGAAAAAUGA